AUGCGGUGCAUCUUCCGCGGACUGGCGGCUUCCAGGCCACUCAUUGGAAUGCACCAAUGUUCCCGGAUCUCACACCUCUACCCUCGUCCUCAAUAUCCCAACAAGUGGUUCUCACGGUCCUCGAAGCUAUGUGCCCGACCGAAGCAUUACACGCCCGAGCAGCUUGCCGCCUUCACCAACCACUAUGCAGUCCUCGGGUUGAGUCAAAACGCCGCCGAUAAGGACAUUAAUAGAGCCUUUCAAUCGCUCUGCAUGAGAUUCCAUCCAGACAUGAUACGGAAUACAGAUAGCCAGGAGUAUUGGGACAACCCCCGCCGGCCCGAGUUCGUCAAAAUCAAGAAUUCGAGGGACUUCCUCCUGGACCCAGCCAAGAGGAAACCAUACGACGCCGAGUACAACGACGUCCUUCUGGCGCUUAAGCGACUCCUGGCAGAGCGCGAACCACGGGAUGUUGACUCGAAGAAGACCAUAGCUUCACAUUUAAGGCUGGACCACCCCGCAACCUCCGGAGACGGACGGCCAAUACGUGACCAUUGUGUCGUCCAGGUACCCGGCCUGUCACCUCAGGUCACCGUCGCCGACCUCGUCAGGGCCAUUGCUGAAAUGAGGCCCGUCGGGCGGGUCAUCGACGCGAGGCUGAUGCAGCCAUCGAUGGUCAACCCGCACCGCGCGGCAUUCGUUGAGUUCCCCGACGACGCCAGCGCCCAGCGCCUUGGACUCCUCGCAUCUCGCUGCCACUUCAACGUCCUGGGCAAGCGGGUAUGGCACUGCAAGCUCGUGGACCACGAGUUGAUGACCAUCAGCGCUAUGGGGGGCUUCUUUAAUCGCAAGAUCAAUUCCUUCGACACGAAACAAGACAGAUACAGUGUGAUGGACAGCGCAAAGGGGCCCGACUCGGUCACGAUUGAAUGUGUCUUCGUGAGCUGGAGGAGAUGUGCAGUCUUUGCCCACGCGGCACUGAGGCAGGAGUAUCCGGAGCUCACGGUCACCUAUGGGCAGGACCCAUGCGAGUGA